AUGAACUCGACGAAGCAUAAUGCACUUCAGCUUGGUUUAAACAUCAUUUCUGAGGCAUACAUUGACGAUGACGAUGGCCGCGCUAAAAUCACUCUGACGCCAUCGCGGUCCCUAUCUCAUACAUCCCGCCCACAUGCUAUUCUCGUGGGGGUGGACCUAUGUUAUAUUUGGAAAACCGCAGGCGAUCGCGAAGCUGGCUCCACAAACCUUCUCAGCAAUGUCAACCCGUUCGCAGACAGUCUGUACCUGCCCUUUGAGCUCCUCCUCAAGCGCGUCACAGAGCAGCUUUUCAAUCAACUUGUUGGACGCUAUCCCCUUAUCUUUGGCACGUGGUGCAGAAGACUCGACAUGGAGUCCGAGUACUUUCCUUCCGUUGCACAGUCCAUUCUCGAAAUUAUGGGGCGGUCCCCCAAUCCCCAUUUUGUAGCACGUUGUAAGCGACUAAUUAAGACCGCACGCGCUCGCCAUCAGUCCGUACUCCAAACCUCCGUGGCAGCCCUCUCUUUGUGUUUCGCCUCCCGCGACUCAGAAGACUCGGAUGAAGGCGAGCAAAUCAAUACUUCGAAUCUCACACCAGAAGCCGUAUUGUGUGAGUCCUUGGAGCAGAUAUUCAGAGCGGGGGUCCCCCAGACCCGCUUCAAGGUCAUCACCGCACGCUCGACUCUAUUGACUUCCUCAGCUGGGGAUGACGAUCAACUAAUUGAGGAUGACGCCAUAAUCAACAACACAAAAUUCGAUUUCCCUUUAACUUGGCCCAAUCUCCCUGACAUUCACAUGGAUAACUCCGUUCCGGCUAUUGAUAUCCAGCAGACCGUGCCGAAUGACAUGGAUGAUCUUUUAGAGGACUGGGCCGAAGAAGCGUUACCCUGGUCCACGUUUUCUGGCGCAUGGACCACGCAUUCGGCCGAUUCUCUUAUCGAAGGCCUAGGCUCUUCAUCUCAACCACGUAGCACUACGCCCCCUUUGGCACUGUCCUAUCUAACUGAAAGUGAAGACGACAGCUUCGCGUUGGAUCUAGAACCCGAUCACGAGCAAGAGGAUGCGAACAUGGAAGAUGCCGAUUUCGAAUGUGUUGUGUUUCACCCAUCCCUGUCAAGUCAUCACGCGAAGUUGACGUUUUUGGGGCGCCAAGAAAAACCUGGAGGAGUGGAGGAAUUUGACGUGCUUGUUGAUGAAGAAUGGAGCUGCGAGGACGAGCUGUUGUUCGAUCUGGCCGACGUAUUCGAUGACUCGGGUGGUCUUGGUGUUGAAGAUGAGACUGGAUCUAUUGCUGUUUCACAAGUUCCGGACGGAGGUCCUGAUCAAGAUAUCUUCUUACAGGUGAAGAGCAAUACCGCGGAUCAAGAAUACGAUUUCGACACACACUUUGGCAUGGAUGGUCAGGUGGUCCAGGGUAGCACAGAUGACUGUUUUACGGAUGUCUGGGAUCUAUAGUAACGUGUUUU